CUUCUUUUCUACCCAUCUUGCUGGCGAAGAAGUUGCCUACCUUCAAGUUGAGGCAAAUUCAUUUUUUCAAUCAUGACCAAGAAGAGACGUAAUAGCGGACGAUCAAAGCAUGGACGCGGACAUACCAGGUUUGUUCGCUGCACAAAUUGUUCUCGUUGUGUACCUAAAGACAAAGCUAUUAAGAAGUUUGUUAUAAGAAACAUGGUCGAUGCGGCGGCUAUCCGUGAUAUCUCGGAAGCGAGCGUGUACGAUUCGUAUGCUUUGCCCAAGAUGUAUGCUAAGUUGUACUACUGUGUCAGCUGUGCCAUUCACUCGAAAAUUGUCAGAAAUCGAUCUAAAGAAGAUAGAAGAGAUCGUGUCCCUCCACCACGAUUCCGUCCAAAGGAGGACCGAUCUAGUGGACAAAACAAAGCCAACUCUUAAAUUCUCUUCAUCAUGUAUUAAAGUCAAAUAAAAAGAUUUUAGUCUUUUAAUG